AGCCGCACACACCCAGCUAGCCAAGCAAGGCCCUGCUGGGGCUACAGCCCCGCUCUGGGUGUGUGGCUGCUGCCGCCUCCGCCUCUUGGGGAAGGUUAAUGCACUUGUGAUUCCCUUUCCUCCUCCUCCUCCUGCUGUUUCCUUCUUUAUGUCGGUGGAGACUCCCUCUGUCUGACUCGCCCAUGAGUCUCCUAGGGAGCUACCGGAAAAAGACCAACAAUGAUGGCUAUGAAUCUUUGCAGCUGGUGGACAGCAACGGUGACUUCUGCGGCAGCCGGGAGCGAACCGGCGGCGGCGGAGGCAGCAGCAUCAGCAAGCAAGGGGUGAUCCCCGCGGUAGUGGCGGCGGCGGCGGCAGCGAGGAGCCCAGUGCGACAACAACAUCAGCCGCUCGACUGCAGCACCAUGGACAGCUCAGGUGCCUCAUCCCCUGACAUGGAGUCAAACUAUGGGGGUGGCCUGCUAGACAUGAUGAAAGGAGGAGCAGGGAGACUCUUCAGUAACUUAAAGGACAACUUGAAGGAUACUCUGAAAGACACUUCUUCUAAAGUCAUGCAGUCUGUCGCAAGCUACACCAAGGGAGAACUAGAUAUUUCUUAUAUUACCUCAAGAAUUAUUGUGAUGUCAUUUCCUGCUGAAGGAGUUGAACUGGGAUUUAGGAAUCAUAUUGAGGACGUGCGGACCUUCUUGGAUUCAAGACAUUCUGAUCACUACACAGUUUUCAACUUGUCACCGAAAUCUUAUCGUAGUGCCAGGUUUCAUAAUAGGGUAUCCGAAUGUAGUUGGCCAGUUAGACAAGCACCAAGUCUACAUAACCUCUAUGCUGUAUGUAAGAAUAUGCACAACUGGUUGCAGCAGAACCCCAAAAAUGUUUGUGUCAUCCACUGUAUGGAUGGUCGUGUAGCAUCAGCAGUCCUGGUCAGUGCAAUGUUCUGUUUCUGUCAUCUCUUCUCUAAUCCAGUUCCUGCCCUUCAGUUGUUAAAUUCAAAGCGACCUGGAAUAGUUCUGUGGCCAUCUCACAGAAGGUACAUAGGAUAUAUUUGUGAUCUAAUAGCAGACAAGUCCAUUCAACCUCAUUGCAAGCCUCUAACUAUCAAAGCGGUCAUCCUCAGUCCAGUGCCAUGUUUCAACAAGCAAAGAAAUGGCUGCCGGCCUUUCUGUGAUAUUCUUCUUGGAGAAACUAGAAUCUUCACAACUUCCCAAGACUAUGAAAGAAUGAAGGAGUUCCGUCUUCAGGAAGGAAAAGUUGUUAUUCCAUUAGGAGUCACUGUCCAUGGUGACGUAGUCAUUUCUGUCUACCACAUGCGAUCAACCAUUGGGGGACGGCUUCAAGCUAAAAUGACAAACACACAAAUAUUCCAGAUUCAGUUUCACACUGGAUUCAUAGCCUUGGGAACAACGUUGUUAAAAUUUACUAAACCUGAAUUGGAUGCAUGUGACUCACCAGAAAAAUAUCCCCAGCUGUUUCAUGCCAUACUGGAAAUAGAAAUAGAAUCUGCUGAUAGACAGACUGACCUAACCCCUCCAUGGGAGAACUUCACAACAAAAGACAUCAACCCAAGCAUUCUUUUCUCUUCUCAUCAGGAACACCAAGAUACCCUUGCCCUGGCAGGUAGAGGUUCUGUAGAUGUGCCACAAGAUAACCUCAAGAAUGCUGGGCAGGGUGCAUUCUUGUCCUCUCUCAGCUGGCAAGAUCAAAAAUCUGAGAGAACCACCAGUUCUCACCCCAGCUCAGAGGACCGGGCAGCACUAGUGCAUGAAGAAAGUGAGCAGUCCGAUGAUGAACUCUUAUCCCUCUCUAGUCAGCACAGUGGCACUAGCACUGACAAACUCCACGGAGUACCAAAGCACAGCAAGAAGCAUCAAGAGCCACCGGGCCCAGCACCCCCUGAGGAUGUGGACCUUUUGGGUUUGGAUGGCAGCCCGAUGAACAAGAACAUCCCAGUCCCACCCACUGCAGCCCCCUCUAAUUCUGACUUGUUGAGUGACCUCUUUGGAGCUGGCCAUUCUGGAGGGCCAAGUCAAGGUGGGCAGUCAGCUGCUGAAGAUGUCUUUCAGAUGGGUGGAACUGGAUCAGCACAAUCCACACCACGACGGUCUGCAGCUUCAGCAUCCCCAUCUUUGUCCCCCAAAAUAGGAGAAGCAACUUCCUUCGAUCCAUUUGGGAGCACUCCUAAGCAACCUCCAGAUCUGUUAGGCUCAUUCCUUGGUUCAUCAGAUGUCACUGCUGAUCCUUUUCUUCAAGCAGCAAGGAGCCCUUCACCUACAGUGCAAGGGGACCCUUUUAACAUGGGUCCUUCUAGUACACCAACUGUUUCCAUUCAGCCAGAUGUUUCAGGUGAUUGGGAAUGGCCCAGCAAGUCAGGUCUAGGUAUGGGGAGCAAAUCAGCUGCUACGAGCCCUACGGGAUCACUACAUAGCACUCCUACACAUCAAGCCAAGCCACAAACACUGGAUCCUUUUGCUGACUUGGGGGCUCUUGGAGCAAAUUUAGCAGGUUGUUCAUCCUUUGCCAGCAAACCCAGCACUCCGACAGGAAUAGGUGGUGGUUUUCCUCCCAUGGGUUCACCUCAGAAACCGUCCCCUCAGCCAGUGGCAGGUGGCACCUGGCAACAGGGCACUGGAUACUCCUGGUCCCAGUCCCAGUCCAAACCCCAACAAAGCAUGCCACAUUCCUCUCCCCAAAAUAGGCCGAAUUACAACGUGAGCUUUUCUGCAAUGCCUGGUGGCCAAAAUGACCGAGGGAAAGGACCUGGCAGUUCUGAGUCAAAGGUCAAAAUGUCUGCUGAUUUUGAGGAUCUCUUAUCUGGUCAAGGCUUUAAUGCCCACAAAGACAAAAAGGGGCCUAGAACAAUAGCAGAAAUGAGGAAAGAAGAAAUGGCCAAGGAGAUGGACCCUGAAAAAUUAAAAAUCCUUGAAUGGAUUGAAGGGAAGGAGAGAAACAUAAGAGCAUUGUUGUCCACAAUGCACACAGUGUUAUGGGAAGGAGAAACUAAAUGGAAACCAGUGGGCAUGGCAGAUCUUGUCACUCCUGAGCAAGUUAAGAAAGUUUAUCGGAGAGCAGUGCUUGUUGUUCAUCCUGAUAAAGCUACAGGGCAGCCAUAUGAACAAUAUGCAAAGAUGAUUUUUAUGGAGCUCAAUGAUGCCUGGUCAGAAUUUGAAAACCAAGGCCAAAAGCCCUUAUAUUAGGAUUCUUCCUCAGACAUUGCUGUAGACCUGUGCUAGUGCUCAUAUAGUUUCUUGCCGCAAGAUUCUCACAGCUGAACUGAUAUCUGGCUGGAAAUUUGGAAAUAAUAAAACUAGCCCUGAUAUUAACACUUUCGUCAUGAAAAGAGGGGGGGAAAUGCGGACUCUGCUCCUUACAUAUGCCAUGAAUUACAAAUGCAAAGAGAGGAGUUCUAGGCACUAAUCAUAUAGUGUUCUUUCAGGUUUAAACAGGGUAGGUAAGGAUGCAUUCUAGAAAAUUGGGAUCGUUUUGUCUUGGAACAAGUGAGGUAAACAAAGUAUCCUCCAUUGCUUACAAAUUGAAUUCUGUAUCACCAGGGAGUGGUGUAGUGUUGAAAAUGUAUUCCCAGGACAAACCUUCUUAAAACUUAAGGAUGUUCAUAUGGAUGUUUACAUGAUCUGACAAUAAUUUGACCCUUCAGUUAUUUACUGUACUAUAUUUUUGAAAGGGACAGCUAUGAAACUGGAUAUAUAUGUGGCAAUUUGCUGCUGCCUUAAGCAUAGUACUGUAUUUCAUGUUUCAGACAAGCAGAUAACCAGACAUUCUAUACCACCACAGAGUUUGGGAAGUGUCUUUAAUUGCAGGCACAAACCUAUUGAAGAUAAUGUUGAAUCCAAUAGUUGAUUGAGUUUUGAGAGUGCUGUGCAUUUAGAAGAAGUGAGGGUGUGAGUUAAUAUAUCUUUCAAAUGCUUUUGAAUAUCCCCAGUUGAAAUGUCUUAAAACUCUACAGCAGGUAAAACAAAAACUAAUCCUUGCUUUCUCCAGUGACAAGAGGGGUCGUUCCUCCUAAUUUAUUCACAUUAUCUUUAUUCAGAUCAAAUUAUCCAAAGUUUCCCUGAGCAUUUGUGAACACAACCUUAUGUUAUGACAUAACUUAAUCUCAAUUCUAUCAAAUCUGAAGUAAGCAAAUAGUGAAAUCUACUGACCUAUGAAAUACCUAUUGGCCCAGUAAGCAAUAAUGUUCAUAUAUUCACAUGGUGGCAUCUAUAAAGAUAGAACAAAAGUAGGUUUUCUCACCUUCCGACAAAACUAAUUUUACAUAGCACUUUGAAAUGUUUCUCCUUUUGUAGAGAAACUUGUAAAGGCAGUUUUAUUUACUGACAUUUCCUGAAUGAAGUCCAGAAUCUGUAGGGCAUAGGGUGGAUUGAUAUUCUUCUUCUUCACCAUCGUCCUUACCACCUCUGUUGUUGACAUUGUCAAUUUGCAGUGACAGCCAUGUGGAACUGGAUUGUGUGAAGAGAUCCAUAAUGUUUAUAGAUUCUGGUGUGACAUUGCUUUCAAAAGUGAGAUCUUUGCAGCUUGUGGAUGGCAUGAUGGCAUUGGAGUCAUCACAUGCUGGCUCCCAUUAUACAGCCUAUUUCCUCAUAGUGCUGUUGCAUAGUAGAUGCAAAAGUUACUGCAUGGAAAAACUUGGCCAUCUGUAUCUGCCUUUUGGAUAGUAGUGAAUUGAGAGAGAGGUUUUCAUAGGCAUUCUUAAAGAAAGAAAUCUCUAGCCAAUGUGAAAAUUGUGAUCAAACUGUUUUAAAGACAAUCUGUUUUUUCUCAUUCUGAUUUUUUCUAGUGAAAAAACCCUUUUCUGCAGAUACAGCAUGUAUUCACCCAGCCGACAUUUAUUUUUAUAUUAAAUGCCAUCUUUUUGUUGUAUUGAUCCAUUAUUUAUUGCCAUUUACUGCCAAUGUGAAACAAAACACCAAGUUCUCCUUUUUAUAUAUACAAAAGAUUAAGAUGUUUGAACGACAACAAACUGGAUGUUAUUUAUUAACAUAUUAUGAAAUGUUUUGAUCAAGUAUGUGCUUGUCUUAUUAAAAACAUUUUUGGAAUGUGAAUCAUUUUCCUGUGACUUGUUUUACUCUGUUUCAUUCACAUCUGUAGAUAUUGUGUGAACUAUGCUUAUGGUAUAUACAUGGAUUUAAUAUAACAUACUUUUUAAAAAUGAAAAGGUAACAUCUGCUUUGUACAUCAGACUUAUAGAAAGCGGGGGGAAAGCCCUCUAAUUAACAUGUUCACAAAACACCAGAUAUCAUUUAAGCUUCAUCUAGUUCAGUAAAAAAGGGGGAAAACCUACCCAGUUUAAACACUUCCUCUUAAACACUCUUAAACACUUCCUCUUAAACACUUUUAAAAACUGCAGUGUUUUUAUGGUGCAUGAAAGUGAGACCUGCUAUGUGUCAAAACUACUGAACUCAAACAGGUUUAUUUUUGGUCAUAUCUGAUAGUUACAGAGCUUGUCAGUGUUCAGGUUUACUGUUUGACUAAAAACUCUUAAUGUGUGUUUUGUGUGUGUAAAUAUAUGGUAUAUUCAAUAAAAUGUGACUGGCCUAAAACAUUUGUAUAUAUUUUAAAAAAGCUCCAAACUCAGUCCAUUUUAUUUGUAUGUUAUGCUUUUGUAGAUAAAUUUAAAUGCUCAAGAAGUAAAAUAUGACUGCCA